CUCUGGAGGAUGGUGGGUUGUCGGUCACGCUUCAAGUACCGUGAAGGUUCUACGGAAAAAGUGAAUCGCUAAUUUAUCACUUCAACUCGAAUAGUUCGACUGAGGUUGGACGAGAAUAUUCGGGGCGGGUCCAGGAAGCAUUACCGUGACACUUCAUUCACUUUAACUGACACCUUCAGGUCGAUGCAGACAAGCGCCAGAAUAACGGAGCAGAACCGGAUCAUGGAAGAAGCCAAGAAUGGAGCCGCGCACGCUUCGAACGAGCUGGUGUUUUUCGUUAAUGGGAAGAAGAUUGUUGAGAAGAAUCCAGAUCCUGAAAUGACCCUGCUGACUUAUCUGAGAAGAAAAUUGGGUCUCACAGGAACAAAGCUGGGCUGUGCAGAAGGAGGAUGUGGGGCCUGCACAGUGAUGUUGUCCAAAUAUCAAACACACACACAGCAACUGGUUCACCAUGCCAUCAAUGCCUGCCUGGCACCACUAUGUUCCCUACACCUUGUUGCUGUGACGACUGUGGAAGGUAUUGGCAGCGUGGCACGGAAACUACAUCCUGUUCAGGAAAGAAUCGCAAAGUCUCAUGGUUCUCAGUGUGGAUUCUGUACACCAGGAAUUGUUAUGUCCAUGUAUGCCCUGCUCAGGAACAAGCCCAAACCAACAAUGGCCGACAUAGAGGAGGCGUUCCAAGGAAAUCUGUGUCGCUGCACUGGAUACCGACCAAUCUUGGAGGGAUACAAGACCUUCACGGUGGAGGGUGGUUGCUGUGGCGGGAGUGGGCGGAGCAACGGGUGCUGCAUGACAAAUGGCAAUUCUGCUGAGAAGGAAGGGGAAGAAGACAGCAUCCAAGUGGGGCCUCCACAGCUGUUUCAUCCCGCUGCCUUCGCACCAUUUGACCCCACACAAGAAGUGAUCUUCCCACCAGAACUCAUGUCCUUAACCAGGGUUCAGAAGCCCCAAUCCAUGCGCUUCCAUGGCAGAACAGUAACUUGGAUACAACCCAAAAGUCUGGAAGAGUUCUUGUUGCUCAAGUGGGAAAAUCCUGAAGCUAAAGUGGUAGUGGGAAACACUGAAGUGGGUAUAGAAGUGAAGUUUAAAAAUUUGGUUUAUCCAGUCAUUUUGGCUCCAACUUACGUUGCUGAGCUCCACAUGGUGACUCAAAAUGAUGAAGGGAUUGAAUUUGGUGCGGCGUGUACUCUCAGCCACAUGGGUGCUGUGCUGACUCAGGCAGUUGCAACUCUUCCUCCUUGUCAGACUGAGUUCUUCGUCGCUGUGCUUGAGCAGCUGCGCUGGUUUGCAGGACAGCAGAUCCGCAACGUUGCAGCAGUGGGUGGGAACAUCAUGACUGCUAGUCCAAUCUCUGACCUGAACCCAGUCUUUAUGGUGGCUGGCUGUAAACUAACCCUUGUGGACAAAGAGGGCUGUCGUGUUGUCAGGAUGGACGAUGGAUUCUUCACAGGUUACAGAAAGACAAUAGUCAGACCUCAGGAGUUGCUGUUGUCUAUCCAAAUCCCCUUCAGCAAGAAGUAUCAGUUUGUUUCCGUCUUCAAACAAUCUCCUCGUCGAGAAGAUGACAUCAGCAUUGUCACUGCAGCCAUGAGUGUCACCUUCACCCCAGGCACAAGUGUAGUUGAGGAAGUCAGAAUGAGCUACGGCGGGAUGUCAGCGACCACAAUCAUGGCGAAGACCACGGCCAACAAACUGCAAGGAAGGUCCUGGGGGGAGGAGCUUCUGCAGGUGGCUUGUUGCUCAUUGGCUGAGGAAAUGACCCUGGAUCCCUCAGCCCCUGGUGGAAUGGUGACCUACCGGCAAACGUUGACCCUCAGUCUCUUUUACAAGUUCUACCUGAUUGUCCUGCAGAAGCUUCAAAGAGAGGGGGAGAAUGUGCAGAUCAGCCCCAACUGCCUAAGUGCGACCCAGAUUUACCACCCCGAGACGCCUUCUAGCGCCCAGAUAUUUCAGGCGGUGCCAGACGGGCAGAGCAAGGAAGACGUGGUUGGCCAUCCACUGAUGCAUCUGUCAGCGCUGAAGCAGGCGACCGGCGAGGCGGUCUACUGUGACGACAUCCCUCUGUAUGAGAACGAGCUGUACCUGGCACUUGUGACCAGCACCAAAGCACAUGCACUCAUUCUCUCCAUUGACCCCUCGGAAGCCGAGUCCUCCCCUGGAGUUGUUUGUUGUGUCUUUUCUGAGGACAUUCCUGGUAGCAACAGAACAGGAGUGUCACUGAAGGAUGAGACGGUCAUGGCUGAUCGGGAGGUGACAUGUGUGGGUCAUGUCAUUGGAGCCGUUGUGGCAGAUACCCAACUGAAUGCGCAAAGAGCUGCCAAGAGGGUCAAAAUUGAGUACGAAGAGCUUCCACCUAUUGUGACCAUUCAGGAAGCCAUUGCUGCUAAGUCCUUCUACGAGCCCAUCAGAACUCUCCAGAAAGGUGACCUGGAGGCUGGGUUCAGGCAGGCUGAUCAAAUCUUAGAAGGGGAGAUGCACAUAGGCGGUCAGGAACAUUUCUACCUGGAAACAAACGUUACACUGGCCGUUCCGCGGCGAGAGGACAAUGAGAUGGAGCUGUUUGUGUCCACACAGGCUGCCACAAAAACACAGAGUUGUGUGGCAAAUGUGUUGGGCAUUCCUGCUAACCGAGUACUGGUCCGCGUAAAGAGGAUGGGCGGAGGAUUUGGAGGGAAAGAAAGUCGGACCACAAUACUUUCAACCGUCGUAGCAGUGGCUGCUAACAAACUGCAGAGGCCAGUGAGGUGCAUGCUGGACAGAGAUGAGGACAUGUUGAUAACUGGAGGGCGACACCCCUUCUACGCCAAAUACAAGGUGGGAUACAUGAACGACGGGAAGGUUGUAGCGCUGGAAGUGUCAUACUACAGCAACGCAGGAAACUCCCGCGACCUGUCUUUGUCUGUCAUGGAGCGUGCCCUGUUCCAUAUGGAGAACUCGUACAGCAUUGCUAACGUGAAGGGCACUGGCUACCUGUGUCGCACUAACCUGCCCUCCAACACGGCCUUCAGAGGCUUCGGUGGGCCCCAGGGGAUGAUGAUCGCUGAAAACUGGAUCAAUGAUGUGGCUCAGAGUCUGAACUUGCCGGCGGACCAGGUGCGACAAACCAACCUUUACAAGCAAGGAGACCUGACUCCCUACAAUCAGGUGCUGGAUCAGAUAACUCUGGACCGCUGCUGGGAUGAGGCCUUGACCCGCUCCGGAUACGAACAACGUCGAGCUGCGGUUGAUAACUACAACAGACAAAAUCGAUGGACCAAAAGAGGUCUCGCCAUCAUCCCUACAAAGUUUGGAAUCAGUUUCACUGCCACCUUUCUCAACCAGGGUGGGGCACUGGUCCUAAUCUACACUGACGGUUCGGUUCUUGUGACUCACGGUGGAACUGAAAUGGGACAAGGACUCCACACCAAGAUGGUCCAGAUUGCCAGCAGGGUUCUGGGAGUUCCCUGUUCUAAGAUUCACAUCUCAGAGACCAGCACCAACACGGUUCCUAACGCCAGUCCCACUGCUGCCUCUGCCUCCUCUGACCUCAACGGGGCUGCAGUGCAGGACGCUUGCAUGAUCCUUAAUGAGCGUCUCCAGCCAUACCGCAGCAAGAACCCCAAAGGAUCAUGGGAAGAUUGGGUGACGGCAGCAUACUUUGACAGAGUGAACCUGAGUGCCAACGGUUUCUACAAGACACCAGAUCUUGGAUAUGAUUUUGAUUCCAACUCUGGGCGAGUUUUUAAUUACUUCAGCUAUGGUGUGGCCUGCUCUGAGGUGGAGAUCGACUGUUUGACAGGCUCCUUCAAGAACUUAAACACGACCAUCGUGAUGGAUGUUGGGAACAGCCUCAACCCAGCCAUCGACAUUGGACAGGUGGAAGGAGCAUUCAUGCAGGGUCAGGGCCUUUUUACUCUGGAGGAGCUUCACUACUCCCCAUCUGGCGUCCUCCUCACUCGGGGGCCGGGCUCCUACAAAAUCCCCGGCUUCGGAGACAUUCCUACCCGGCUGACUGUCUCGCUCCUCCGAAAUGCCUCACAUGAGAGAGCCAUCUUUGCCUCCAAGGCUGUUGGCGAGCCUCCUCUGUUCUUGGCAGCGUCAGCGUUUUUUGCCAUCAAAGAUGCCAUCUGUGCUGCACGCGCAGAGUCAGGCAUCAGCGGGCCAUUCAGGCUGGACAGCCCCGCCUCCGCAGAGAGGAUUCGGAAUGCAUGCUGUGACAGAUUCACCAACAUGUGCCCUCCACUCCAGCAUGGAAGCUUCAGACCUUGGUCCGUGCAGGUUUAGGUUCAUCGCAUUCAAGUCCAGCUCAGAAGACAAGAAACAUGACAGUGAAUCCUCAGGACCGUCCCAAACACUGUUUCAUUCUGUCCAUCCUUUUUGAUGCCGUAAAGUUCAGUACUGAAUUUAAACCAACCAACACUGUGAACUAUCAGGAAUAAUUUACCCUGUUUGAUUUUGCAUGAUGUUUCAAUAGAAGAUUUUUAAUGGACAUUUAUUCUAUACAUGAAAAACAUUGACGUUUUCCAUUAUAAGCAACAAUGAUGAUCAACUAACUGUAGGAAUCAUAGUGAACAAGCUCGCUGAUAGGCUAAGAUAUUACCUUGCUAGCCUUGUGGCUCCUAAUGUUUUUAAUAAUACAGUCAUUUACCCAACUAACACUUUUCCCAUGAACAGUUAAUAUCAAAGAUUCAUUUUGCAAAUCAAAAAAAAAAAAAUGAGUCCUUGAUUCUUGUGUUCUUAUGUAUUUUCGUUGACAAAUUUUGUUAUAACCCACACAAUGCAAUUGUGUUAAUCCAUGUCUGUUAAAUAAAUAUUUCUGUAUUUUCUGUAUUUUGUUUCACUGCUUUCAUC